GGCGGGGCGGGAGGCAGGCCCGGUGCCCGGGCAGCCAAUGGCGGAGGCCAGCGCAGCGGGAGGGCGACUCCGCCGCCGGGCGCCCCGCCAGCGCGUCCAGCGGAGCCAGGCCGGGCUGCAGCGCUGUCAGGAUUUGGGGUGGCGGCCCGGCAGGGGGCCCCACGGAGGAGAAUCCAGAGCUGGCCGUUCCCACGCCCUGUUUCCCACGCCCCUGCUGCCUCCUGCUCCGUCCUUGGCGACGAGUCCCCCGCCCCCUUCGGGCGCUUCUCGGGGGCGGCCGCCCACUCGGUGCAGGCGCGGCUGCGGGACUGCGAGGCCGGGAGGCCGGGAUCGCGGCGCUGGGAUCCGGGCUCGGCCCACAGUCCAUUGAUGACUUGAACAAGUGGGCCCUCUAUCUUGUUUCUCCUCUCAUACUUGAAGCCGAACACAUAGCAUUUGUGACAGAGAGCGUUUGGGUGCAGGGGGAGAAUCUGCAGAGGCCGUCUUCCCCUACAGAAACCAGAGAGAGGAAGGGAGAGGGAGAGAAACAUUGAUGUGAGAGCAUAACAUCUAUCAGUUGCCCCCCGCACAAUCCCCGGAUCGAGCCCACAACCGGGCAUGUAUGUGUCCUGACUGGGAAUCGGACCAGCAACCUUCCAGUCACAGGACAACACCCAGCCAACUGAACCACGCAGCCUGGGGCCAGUCUGUCACAUGCUUGGGACGGUACCACCCUUACAGAUGCCGAAAGCGAUACCUUUAUCGUGAGGUGGUCAGACUGUUGUUUGCCGUUAGCUUGCAGACCUGGGGACCCUUACCAGUUAAUCGCCAAAGCGAGCGUGGAUGACUUCAGCAAGCUGGGGGUGGCGUUCAUGGAAGACAGACUCCAGAUGGCUAACGGGUUGAUACCCCAAAAGAUUGUUUCGGUGCACCUGCAGGACUCCACUCUGCAGGAACUUAAGGACCAGGCCGCGACCAAGCCAGCCCGCAGCCUGCAGCCGAGCCCCGAACCUGCUGUCCAGGGUGAGCCUGAGCCGGGCGUCAUGGAGCACCUUGGCAAAGAUGACCCGGCGAUUCUUGGUGCAGAACCCACCCCAGGGCGAGGCGGCGCCUCCGGGAACGAGGCCGCUGGGGAGAGCGACAGAGGAGAGGGCUGCACCGAGCUCUGCGGCCUCCACCUGUCUAGUUGCCACGAGUGUUUGGAGCUGGAGAACAGCACCAUCGAGUCCAUCAGGUUUGCAUCUGCAGAAGACAUUCCCGAUCUUCCCUACGACGCCAGCGGCAGCGGGGAGGGUGCGGCUGAGGCCAUCUGCCCCGAGAGAGAAGGGAGGAGAACCAACCUCACGGGGAAGGCACCCAACAUCCUCUUCUACGUGGGCUCCGACUCCCAGGAGGCCCUGGGCCGGUUGCAGCAGGUCCGGGCCGUUCUGGCUGAGUGCGUGGACCCCGACAGCUACACGCUCUACCACCUGCCGGAGGAGAGUGCGCGCCGAGACCCGUGGCCAGACAACUGUCUGCUGUUGGUCAUUGCCACCAGGGAGUCUAUUCCCACAGACGUGCAGCAGAAGUUCCUGGCCUACCUCUCCCAGGGCGGGAAGGUGCUGGGCCUGUCUUCGUCCUUCACGUUGGCUGGCUGCCAGGUGACCAGCAAGGACGCGCUGCAGGAGACGGUCCAGAGUCUGGUCUUCUCCAAGGCCGACCAGAGCCAGGUGACGCUCAGCAUCCUGAGCAGUGGCUGCGUUUAUGAGCAGGGCCCCGGGGAGCCGCUCCGCCCGGGCCAGCUCCAGGGCCACCUGGAGAACGAGGACCAGGACAGGCUGAUUGUGCAAGUGCCUUUCGGAGCGCGUGGAGGAGAGGCUGUGCUUUGCCAGGUGCACCUGGAACUACCUCCCAGCUCUGCAGUCGUGCAGACUGAAGAAGACUUCAACCUGCUCAAGUCCAGCAACACGAGGAGGUACGAAGUCCUGAAGGAGAUCCUGACCACCCUCGGCCUCCGCUGUGACGUGCAGCACGUUCCUGCCUUAACGCCUCUUCACCUGCUGCUGGCGGCGGAGGAAAUCCGGGACCCUCUCCUGCGGUGGCUGGAGAGAUGUGUGGAUGCUGGAGGAGUGAUAAAAUCCAGCAAGCUCUCCCUCACCUUUGUCCCAUCCUACACGCCUGAAAUAGAGGUCACCCCAGCGGCUCUCCCCGUGGUGACUGACGCGACGGCCUUCUCGUCCGCACAUUUUGACUUGGAGAUCUACCGGCAAAACUUGCAGACAAAGCAACUGGGGAAAGUAAUUCUGUUUGCUGAAGUGACGUCCUCCACCAUGAAUCUUCUGGACGGGUUGAUGUUUGAGAUGCCGCAGGAAAUGGGUUUAAUAGCCAUCGCAGUCCGCCAAACACAGGGCAAAGGGCGAGGAGGGAACACGUGGCUGAGCCCCGCGGGAUGCGCUCUUUCCACGCUACUGGUCUCCGUCCCACUGAGGUCCCUGCUGGGACAGAGGAUCCCGUUCGUCCAGCACCUGAUGUCCCUGGCUGUGGUGGAGGCAGUCCGGUCCAUCCCCGGGUACCAGGACAUCAACCUUCGGGUGAAGUGGCCCAACGACAUUUACUACAGUGACCUCAUGAAGCUUGGCGGAGUUCUGGUUAACUCGACGCUUGUGGGAGAAACAUUUUAUAUUCUUAUUGGCUGUGGAUUUAACGUGACCAACAGUAACCCCACCAUAUGCAUCAACGACCUCAUCACAGAAUACAAUAAGAAGCACGGGGCGGACCUGGCGCCCUUAAGAGCUGAUUGUCUCAUCGCCAGAACGGUGACGGUGCUGGAGAGCCUGAUUGACACGUUUCAGGACGCAGGGCCCAGCGGGGUUCUCCCCCUUUAUUACAAGUACUGGGCACACAGUGCCCAGCGAGUCCGCCUGGGGAGCGCCGAGGGGCCAGAGGCGUGGAUCGUCGGCCUGGAUGACUCCGGGUUCCUCCAGGUUCACCAGGAGGGUGGCCAGGUGGUGACUGUGCAUCCGGAUGGCAACUCCUUCGACAUGCUCCGCAACCUCAUCGUCCCCAAGCAGCGGUAGUGUCGUGGGAAGGCGGCCGGGGGCGCGCCGAGCGGGCCUGGCGCUGGGACCACUCAGGACUGGCCCCGGGCAUGGCCACCGCAGCAAGCAUUCCAGUUCGGGCCUGCUCUUUCCUUGCCCACAGAUCUAGAACGCUAGCUUAGAGGUGUGGGCGAACGUCCUCUCCCUCCAGUUAACCUGUUAGUCCUUGAAUUUUGUUCUGUCAGUUAUUUCCUCGGGUGAUGGGAGAUCUGGGGGGAGGGUUGCUGCAAGGAAAAGGUUUAGUUCAGGUAAAGCCCUACCAAAGGUGUGACAUUGUCCCCCCUCUUGGGCCUGGACGUGUGUUUAUUGCAACCCCCCAAAUAUUUUUACCUGGAAACCACAAUGGAAUAAUUCAAACCUUUCCCAUCGGUGGAGACCUUUCCCCCUCGACUAUUAAAAGGCAAAUCAGAGACAGCUCCGGGCUGCGUGUUGGCAGGCGGAGGUGCAGCAGCUGUUUACAGCCCCGGGAGGCUUCCUUCGGGGCAGACUGGCACUCCUGCGGAGGCGUCACUUUUGUGUUAAUGAAGAGACCGGCAGUUGGAGGUCCAAUGGCAGGAUCUGGUGGCCACAGAGGCGCGUCAGCUGGGCUGGCUGCGAUGAUCGUGCAGAGGAAAUUGGUUAAUUACUCUGACUGGUUUCUGAGCUCUCCUUUCAGAGCUUUAAUUUCACUGCUUAUUCUGAAGUGAUGGGAUCAGGGUCAGGGCCCUUCAGGGCUGAUGAGGCCUUGCCCAGAUGUGGGUACGCCCGGGCUGACAGCUGGGGAUGGAGGCUCACGCUCCCAGGGAGGCCUGGGAGCUUUGGAGCCCGUGGAGGCGGCUUUGGAACGUUCUAGUGAGACUGCUCACAGGACACAGAAGCACGUGGCCUGGUAUUUGUCAAUCAUUAUUUUUUGCCCCUUCUGAUACAGACAAGAAAGAAAAUGUGAUUGAUUUGGAAUGCCAUCAUUUAAGGUGUGUGUGUGUGUGUGUGUGUGUGUGUGUGUGUGUGUGUGAGAGAGAGAGAGAGAGAGAGAGAGAGAGAGAGAGAGAGAGAGAGAGCUCACUCUUUAAACUAUCUUCAAAAUCUGAUAUACUAAGUCUCCACCGAAGAACAAAAGAAAGGAAGCCUUUUGAUAUCCAUUGCUGUUUCCAGAUGUACUCCACGCUUUUUCCAUGUAACUGCUAUCUCUGUUGAAUGUGUGAAUCAUGCAUAUUACUUUUCAGCCUUAAAAGGCCGAUUUUUGCCCACUUUUCUCUCUUCCUGCCAGUCCCAAGUGAAAUUAGCGGAAAGAAAACUGAUGGCGCUCUCAGCUUUGAACAAAACCGCCUGAUUGUGCAGCCAGCACCAUCUUCACCCGCCCUCAGCCGGUCAGGCUGGAGGAGAUCAGUGAGUGCGCCCUCAGCCAGGCACAGGCAGCCCCGCAGGAAGGGAGCAAAAGAAGGUUCAGUACACCCGCCCAAUAUGUGUUUUUUGGAAAUGUAACUUUUUAAAAAGAACUUCAAAAGUAAUUUUUGCAACUAAGACUUCAAUUAGAAUUAUUCCCCCCCCCCCCCCACCCCAAAGGUCACUCUCUUCUAAAUGCCCAAGUCUUCUUUUGGAGUUAGUCCCAAGUGUAAAUAGAAGUUCACCCCACCCCAACACUACGAAACGGACUCGCCCUUGAGAGGGGUCUGCAAAGCAUCACCAAGAAGAGCGAUCUCGGGUGCAUUCAUCGCAGACUUGGUAACAGAAGGCAGGUCAUCUCUCAGAGCCGCCGUCAUUACUUGCCCGUUUCUUUGGGGGUUAUUUAAUGAAAAACAUGCUAUGUUUUGUUUUAAGCUGAAGUUCUAUUCUGGACAGCUCUGUUUUGGGGGAAAAAUGUUAUCAUUUAAUUUCCUUUCUGUAAAUUAAAACUAAUGAAGUGUGGCCAUGUCGGAGCAGAGGGAGCUGCGGGCGGCCAGCCUGUGUGUGCGAGGCUGCGCUUACUUGUGCCCCGUCCCGUGUCUUCAGGGAGACAAAAUGGACUUGAAGCAGAUGCUGAGCUUUUCCUAAAGCCGAUUCUGCCUCAGAUGAACCAAAGACUUUUUGAAAUUCUGCUUCGUGUAGAGCAGCUGCAUACAGACAUUUCCUUAGAGCUGUCAGCACCAGAGGACCGCCCCCUCCUCCAUGUGAGGUGACCAUGCUCCCGGCAGUCUCAUCCCAAGGAGCUUUUCAAGUCUUAACAGAAACUGCGUGGUCUUCAGUUUCUGAAACAGGACACUGAACUCAGGGUUGGUGUGUGCGUUUAGGACAUGGAGUGGUCCCCCCGUGUGGAGGCUGCGCUUGAGCAUCUGACAGGUUAUGGGCAAGGCAGGUUUGGGGGACACUUUUAGAAGUGCCUGCUAACAUAGGAUCCGUCGGAGCUGGGCUUCCUAUGGCCCAUGGAGCAGGGGGUGAGGAAAACCACUCCUGGGGGAUUUCCGGAGCCGGCCGGGUAGCCUGGCUGCAUGCACAGGGCGUGGGCUAAGUGGGAAGGAUUUGUGUCUGGCGUGAAACGGUCCUGGGGUUCAUGGCUGCAGCACCCUCACUUGUGACCAGACAGAGAGGUAGAUGCACAGGCCCAGGUUGGGUAGCACACCCUGCCCCCACAUACGCCCCACAGUCUGAAAACCUGGAGAAUCCAGCCUCACCCAGCAGAUUGAGAAUGCAAUGAGACAUUUUAGGCUGACAGUCUGUAGACCCGUUUGCUGCUAACAGACAGAAAACGGAGAAUCUUUAUUCCUGGGUAAUUGCUAUGCAUAUUCGAAAUAAAAGGAAGUGGCGACCUUUGCAUUUUUAGCUUUUCAAAGAAUCGUGUCUGAAAAGUAACUACUUUAAGCCGAUGCCUAUAAAACACACGUCUACCAAAAUAAACUUUAAGACUUUCUAUACA